UAAUCUUUAUUACAAAAAUUAGGGCUUUUGGUAUUGGGAAAAGCCAUGGCGGCUCCAGCAGCGUUGAGAUCUAGUCCCUGCUCGUUCUGUCAGAUCGCCAGAUCUCCUGCUUCCACUCGUGUCCUCUACACUGAUGAUAGGGUCGUCGCAUUUCCUGACAUCAAGCCCGCCGCUUUCAGGCAUUAUCUGGUUAUACCUGUAGAGCACAUGUCAACAGUCAAGGAUCUCAAAAAAAGAGAUGAAGAUUAUGAUUUAGUUAAUCAUAUGCUAAAAGUGGGGCAGACUCUUUUGCUCAAAGACGCACCUUGCUCCAGGUUAUAUAGAUUUGGCUUCCAUCAGCCUCCAUUUAAUAGCGUUAACCAUCUCCAUCUUCACUGUUUCGCUCUACCCUUCAUGCCAAGAUGGAAACAGCUUAAAUAUACGAGUUUGGGACCCCUUGGGGGUUUCAUAGAGGCGGAGAAGUUGUUAGAUCAAAUAAAACCUCUCCCAACUGUGAAUUCGUAGAAUCAAUUCUUCUAUGAACUCCACAAUGGGUGAUCCGGGCGGUUGCAAGGUUUCAAUAUGGCGCCACGUUCGUGGAUUCGAUUUCGGGCCGGGUUAUUUAAAAAAACAUCUUACGUGAUUUAGAUGAGAUCGAUAUUAAAGUUAAAUCUUAUUGAACUCCACCACGGAUGACUUAGACAGUUGUGAGAUUUCAAUAUGGCUCAACGGUCUGAGAUUCGAUUCCGUGAUGAGUUAUUUAAAAAAAAAAAACUUGUGUGAUUUGGAUGAGAUUGAUAUUAAAGUUGAAAUCUCAUUUGCUAUUGUUCUUGUACU